UCUACUUGACAGAUGCUCCAUAGUCAACCUCCAAACCGCGGGAGGGUUUCAGAGAUGAAAAGAUAGAUUGCUUUCAAAUUGAAUGAAAGGAGGACAUGGCAAAAGGUCGAACAUUCGCUCCAUCGAAGGAGAAAGAAGGAAACUGGUUUUCUACGCGGGGCUGGCCUAGGACGCUCGAUGUCACUAAACCACAAGAACGAAGGGUGGCAUCCCCUCCCACGAGAUUUAACAGCAAACACGAGGUCCCGUUCAGAAGAUUUGCUUUUUCAACACACGAUAACAGACAUACAUUCCAAGACCAGGGAGAGUACUUUGGAAACGGACUUGGACGUCGAACAUUUCCCGACAGAUGUCAGCACUACUCUAACAAUCUGAUCACAUGGGAGACAAAUAAUGACCCUCGCUCGUGCUAUAUGGCGUCUUACCAAGGUCUCCAGGGAGAUGAUAACAGCCGGUAUAGACGGUUUCCGCGCGUUCAUCUUGAAGGAAAACCUGGUUCUGCCCCAUCAGAAACCACAACCACCAAGUGGUUUAGGCAACCAGACGUUCCGUACAAAACACCUCUGCACGUACUGGCGAUAACUCAAGAACCGUUUCUGACCCCCAACAAAUGGGCAUAUUCAUACAGACCGAUAUGGUAUUAAAAGUAAUUGAUGUUGCCUUUACGUGGUUUUUAGUUAUUUAGAUCUGCGUGCCAGCCUACAAUGCGAUUUAAAAAUGGGCUCAUCAUUGUGUGAUCAUCAGAUGCCUCAUGUUUUCAAGAAAACUCUUGUUUCAAACGCAAAACAAGAUUAAGUGGUGUGAUUUGCUCGAUUUCAAACUCAAGAUGUGCUUGAUAUUCAAGUUUUAAUUUGUAAAUCU